AUGGAGUCGCCUAAAUCAGCGUUGGACUUUCUUCUGUAUUGCUGCCUAACAGCGGGUACCACUCUUAUUGGUUCCUUUUCAUUGGGUUUACUAGGGACUUUGAACGACAAGAUAUCAGGAGUAUGUGUAGCAGUAGCCGCAGGUAUGAUGACUGGAUGCAGUACAGUACUCAUGUGCGAGGCCUACUCCACCAGUGCAAGCCUGCUUGUGAUUAUAGCUGGUGUGGCGCUUGGUGUGGGCUUGAUGCUCAUAGUAGAUAGAUUCUUCACUGCCAACCCUUUAGAGCAUCUUGGGACAUUGAAAGGAGCCCGUGCUAGUCGAGCUGCAGUGGUAUUAUUGGGUAUGAUGGUCCACUCCCUAGGAGAGGGCCUCUGCCUCGGUUUGUCGUCAGCCUCGGACAAAUCCCACCUCGGCGCGGUGACUAGAAACCUUUCGGACACUAUAAUAUCGCUUAUGAUUCCCAGCGGAGCCCACCAUUCUGAAAUGAAGGCUCCAUCGGACAAUGAUACAUCUGAUAUGAUUGCUGCCCGGGAUCAGAUUGACGAUAUCCUGAGUCUCUGGCUGGGCUCGGUUGAUCUUCAGGAAGCAGAAGAAGCAGAGGCUUAUGAAAUUAUGAUCUGA